AUGCCCGAGCCAGGCCCCAGGAUGAACGGCUUCUCGCUGGGCGAGCUGUGCUGGCUCUUCUGCUGCCCGCCCUGCCCGAGCCGCAUCGCCGCCAAGCUGGCCUUCCUGCCGCCGGAGCCCACCUACACGGUGCUUGCGCCCGAGCAGCGCGGCCCCGGCGCGCCCGCCCCGGCCUCCGCGGCGGCCGCUACCGCCGCCGCCGCCGCCGCCGCCGCCACCGCCGCGGCCCAGCCGGCGCCGCAGCAGCCCGAGGAGGGCGCGGGCGCGGGGCCCGGCGCGUGCAGCCUGCACCUGAGCGAGCGCGCCGACUGGCAGUACUCGCAGCGCGAGCUGGACGCCGUCGAGGUCUUCUUCUCGCGCACCGCCCGGGACAACCGGCUCGGCUGCAUGUUUGUGCGCUGCGCGCCCUCCAGCCGCUACACGCUGCUCUUCUCGCACGGCAACGCCGUGGACCUGGGCCAGAUGUGCAGCUUCUACAUCGGCCUCGGCUCGCGCAUCAACUGCAACAUCUUCUCCUACGACUACUCGGGCUACGGCGUCAGCUCGGGCAAGCCCUCCGAGAAGAACCUCUACGCCGACAUCGACGCCGCGUGGCAGGCGCUGCGCACCCGCAUCUUAAUCCCAGUGCCUGCCUGGGUCCUGAAGGUCCUGUGUCCCACAUACAUGAGAUCCACUUCUGGUGCUCCGGCCUGCUCUGCCCUCCCUGGAUUCCUGUUGGCUGGAUGGGGAUGGAGAUCACUCGCACCAGGCUCCUUACUGUGUAUAAUAAAUGCGUCGAGCUGUUAUAGUCUGGUUUCUGCAGUAACCAAACAGUUUCAUUUCAGAACCAAAACCCGGGUCCCCAUCUGCCCUGGUUUGAAACAUCCUUGGCAUGCAGCUUGCAUGAAGUAUGUCCAUUUCCGACAUGAUCUAAGAGACACACAGUGUUUUACAUCCUGCCAAAGAAAAGCCAUGACCCCAAGGGAGAAAUGUAAGACACCGAGGUCGAGAAUAUGGAUUGACAUGUGGAUUUUAAGAGUUGAAGAACUUGUGAAUUUCUUACUUCAGAGCACAUGUUAUUACGGGCUUGUGUGGCCUGCAAAAAGAACUGAACCUGCUAUGUAAUCCUCUGCAUUACAUUAGACUCCAAAGACUGGCUUAUAAGGAUAUCAGAGCAGGUACCUUGAAGUGUAUGGAAUGGAAUGUGGCGAGCUGGGUAUUUUUGAAUGAUUAAUGUUAUGGUACCCAAUGUUCUUAGUGGCCAAAUAAAGUCUUCUUGUUUACGAUAAAUAGGGACAUGGCAUUUGCCUCUAGGUUUAUAUGCUACAUAGUAUUUUAAUUAAAAUGUAAUGUUGAAGUUACCUCAAGGCCAUAUUUUAGACUGACUUGAAAAAGGAAAUGAAGACUCCGUGUGGGUAAGACCUCUGAGUCACACAGACGCUGUCUGGUAUUUGGAGGCUGCACGGCUGGGUCUGGCACCUACAAUCCCAAAUCCUCCGUCCUUGACAGACGAGGGGGUGAUAUUUUAGAAGGCAGCCGACCUCUCUAACAACCGCCCUUGAGUGUUCAAAUAUAGAAUUGGAAUUCUGUCCCCGUGUUAGUCAAAUGAAAGGUACAGCUAAGAAUAGAGGUGCCUCUCCCCAUCGCCAUCACCUGCACUGGUGGGGCGUCCUUUUGUGACGUUCCCAAGAGAAUCCUUUCAUGUCCAGAAGAGAAAAAGGGUGGCAGAACUGUUGUGCUGUGCUAAGGAGUGGCUUUCCUUUGUUUUGCUUUAAGGAAAAAAAAAAAAAAAACCCAGGCAAGGGGGAGAGAUAAUGAAAAGGAUAACAAGGUCUUUGUGCCUAAGUAACAUCGAGCUGUCGCCUGGAUCCCAGCUUUGUAAUCACUGCUGAGCUUCCCCGAAGCCUCUAGCUCCCCUCGCAGAUGGAUCAUAAGUAGAAUAUCCUACCAGAUUUGUAAAAGAACACAGUAUUAGUGACACGUAUAUCUUUAGAACCUUUUUUCUUUGUUACUGAUAGAUUUUAUUUAAAAAAAAAAUAUUUAUUUAUUUAUUUAUUUAGGCUGCGCCAGGUCUUAGUUGCAGCACGUGGGAUCUUCGUUGAAGCAUGUGGCAUCUUUAGUUGUGGCAUGCGGACUCUUAGUUAAGGCAUGCGUGAUCUAGUUCCCUGACGAGGGAUCAAACCCCGGGCCCCCUGCAUUGGGAGUGCGGAGUCUUAACCACUAUGCCACCAGGGAAGUCCCCACAGAUAGAUUUUAAUAUGUUUGGAUUCUAGGGAGUUUACAAUGAAAAAAAAGCAAACUGUAUUUGCUCUUUAUUUUUGUGGUAAAAUCUCUCCCUCUCUCUCUUUUUUUUGGCUAUGCACACAGCUUGCAGCAUCUUAGUUCCCCAACCAGGGAUUGAACCUGAGCCCUGGCAGUGAAAGUGCUGAGUCCUAACCACUGGAAUGACUGCCAGGGAAUUCCCUAAAAUCUCAUCUUAAAUUCAGGAGAGCUAGAAUUUCUCCCUUGUACUCUUCAAUAAGGAAAUAAUUAGUAGAAGUCGGAUUUAAGAGGAUUGUUCACUUUUUUCCCCUUUUUGUGACCUGGGGCAUUGGGUCCAUUCACAUUGUUAUGAAACCAUCACCACCAUCCAUCUCCAGAGCUUUUCGUUACCCCAGAUGAAAACUCUAUACCCAUUAAACAGAAUGUUCACUUUUUAAAGCAGUAUUUAUGUCAGACAUGCUUAGGUUGGUGCUCCGGACGUACUAAUUCCGAAUCCUCUUAGCUUUGACUACCAUGAUGAGGCAGCCACACACCACACCAGCCUUGACAGGUAGGAGCCGCAUUGGACCCACCAGACAGCUGAAACCCAGAGCAUAAUUCUGACACUCUGCCUGAUUCUGAAGCUGGGCUGCUCCCCCUCCACUAAGUGAUGCUUUUGCUAGCUCGGUUGUAAUUCGUGAGAUUCAUAAUUCCUCCCCCAAGUUGUCUAUAUUCUGGAGCUAUAAUGUAUUUACAGCAGCUGUCUUGGCAAUUACAAUUCCGAGUUAAGCUUUAACCUCUCUCAAAGCUUUAGUUUCCUUAUCUUAAAGCGACCCAUGAGUGUGAUCUCUAAGGGCCUUUCCAUCCUCCUGUCCUGUGGUUCGACUUAUUUCCAUAAUCGGUGCUGUGAACUUUUCCUGCUUUUAUGAAGGAUGAAAGGGGGAGAAAACAGAAGGUUCUGGAAGCAGAAUGAAGAGUAGGGAACACAGGGGAAAAAGACAGGCACAGAAGAGGGAUUAGCCCGAAGAGAAAGGAACCAAAGAUGUCAUCUAGGAAGGGCGAAGGACUUCACUGGGUCUGCCCAAGGCGGAUGUGUAUUUAAUAGACUUCCGUUUUGAGCGUACACAAAACAUUUAAGGGAGCAAACAGUCCCGAGCUGACGGAGUGAACCAGCAUUCUGGUUUCAGAUUAGGUGUCAUCUUGUGUCCAAGGGUCACGUUCAGUGCCCACGUGCGCCACAUCUGGAUGCGGACACAGGAAAGCAGCCCAGGCAGUGGGACUGCAGAGAGGUCAGAUCACUGUGCAAGGCAGAGCCAGGCCCCAGAACUUGAGUGGUCUGAUUUCAAAGCCUACUCUUUCUUCUAACCCACUGUGCAAAUCUCCACCCUCCGUCCCCGCUCCCAGACCUCCACAGAGUCGUGACCUCAUACUUGGAGUUGCUCACAAAAGACUAAUGUUAGCCCAGCUUCAAGAGAGAACGAUGUAAGCUCUGCCCAGGUCAAAACUCAGGGAGCACCUGCUGCAAGGCCUCGAAUGGUAGCUUCAGGACUCAGCUCGCUUGUUCCCUUUCUUGGCUUUAUUUUCCUGUUUGUAGUGAUUCUUGAGGAGUUUCUUUCCUUCUGAUGACAAAGGUGAUCUCCCCCAGGUCCAACAGAAGGGGACACAGACAUCCUAGAGGGACUGCCAUUGUCCAGUCUUGGUUCCAACUCUGCUUCUCCCAGAAGCAGUCACUCUGGCCAGGGGUGUCUGGACGUGGGCUUGUGUUUCACACCUACAGCUCCAGGGUCGGUAGAGAGAGAUGCUCUGAAAAGUUACAGCAGGUCAAAAAUGCUCUCGGUCCCCAGUAGAUGACCAUCCAAGGAUGUCCUACUGGACAUCUCAGCAGCUGUAGUUUAGGAACCGAAGGGAUUUUGUCGAAUUCCAUUUGCAAGUCAGCGUGAGGCAUGGCAGGCACACUGACCAUCUAGUGUCUUGUGUGCUACAGCUGUUGUGAGAAUGCACCUUACAGUGAGAUAAAAUAAUUAGAAAUUGAUUCUUGGAUUUCUAGUUCUAAGAAUUGACUUUCAGCCUUGGCCCUCAAGUGGAUAAUUAAGUUAGAUUUUUUUCCUUUUUAACGUUUUUCCCUAUCACAGAGAUUUCAUGAGCUCAGUGCCUUAAUAUUGGCUGUGUUUCUUGGAUGUGGAAUAGGGAGAUCCUUUAAGGCUUUACUUUGGUCAAGAGUCUGUUUUUAAUGUGUAUUUGGUGUGGACGGAAGUGACAGUUAUUAAAUGGCUUUUUUAUCAGAUGCCUGUGCUAGAUAAUUUACGUAAGCCAACUCUUGUAAUCCUCUCAAAAACUGGAGGUUAGGUGGUAUUCUAACCAUUUCACAGAUAUUUAUGCAGCUGUAGGGGGGAAGGUAGCAUUUUCUGGCUUUUCUAACAUGUUAGGUAACUACAGAAUGCCAAAAGAACCCCAGUUAUCAUUAGAACAAUUUCAUGCACAAUUAUACUCAAGUUCAAGUAAAUUAUUCUAUUUUAAUUGUAACAGAGCUGAAGAGAGUUGAU